GGUUGUCUCCGGUAGCAGAAUAUUUUGUGCCGGAUGAGGAGGGGAACUCAGUGGCGCCUGCCAUGGAGUUGCUUCAAGAUAAGGUCUUGAUUGAUAGCUGGAGGGGAUGGACGGGAUUCAAGAAGGAGGAAGGAGAAGGAGAUUUGAACCCAGAACCUCUAAUUCCUUGGUGCCUUAACCUUAGCUGCUAGAUCAAGGCCUCAACGUUGUGCAUAUUUUUCUACCCAUAUCCACAAAUAGUUAUUCUUUCAUUGAAGAUUUAAUUGUGCUUUUCUGCUAAAAGUGCAUUUCAUUGAUCAAAUAGUAUUUAAUUUGGGGCUACUUGGAUAGUGGUAUCACAUGAUGCUAUCUGAAAACCUCACGGACAGAUUGAGCCAAUAGGACAAUGAGGGGUGCAAAGUGAGAAGGUGACAUUCAUUGUGGGGGUAUCUCUUAAUUAGCCUUUACAUCUUGCCUCUGUGGAAGUUGCUACUAAUCAAAUUGUAUAAAAGCUCUAUAAAAUGAUAUAAAUUAUUCAAUACAAAAUAAGUCCCAAGGCUAAAUCAGCAAGGGUGACAACGUUAUCAGGUGGGAUGGAGGGGAGUGAUUGUGGGUAAUUCAUUGAAGGCUUAACAUAUAGAUGAAUUAUUAAUCUGCUAGAAAGGAAUAGAAAAAGGAAGAAUAGUAGUUCUAAAAUGUGUAACAUAGACUCUAGAUAUAUGAAACCCUUGCAAUACAGUUAGGCCCAUGCAAAAAUUCCUUUUUUGUUCAUAUUACCAUGUGAAAAAUUUCCCAUGCUUUUGAUAAUAUAUAAUAAGAUUUUCCUAUUUUUCAAGCCUCAGAAAAUGGUAAAAGAUAUAUCUUGCAGUUCAAUGGGCUACUACAGAUCAUUGGUUACAGGCAUGGUGUUUCGAUGACAAAGACUCUACUUGAUUUUCAUCCAAUGUAUGAACUUGGGAAUUCUUUGCUUGAAGGAGGGAUUCCAUUUAAUAGAGUUCAUGGAAUGCACGCAUUUGACUACCCUAGUAGAGAUCCCAGGUAUAAUGAGCUUUUCAACAAGGGAAUGGUUGGUCCUACAGCCAUAACAAUGAAAAAAUUGCUUCAACAAUAUAAAGGAUUUGAGCACCUUCAGACAUUGGUUGAUGUUGGUGGUGGUCUUGGAAUAACCCUUCACAAGAUUAUAUCAAAAUACCCUUCUAUAAGGGGUAUCAAUUUUGAUCUUCCACAUGUCAUUGAAAACGCGCCAUCCUAUCUUGGAGUGGAACACAUUGGUGGAGACAUGUUUGAAAGCGUUCCUGGAGGAGAUGCUAUUUUUAUGAAGAUGAUACUCCAUGAUUGGAGUGAUGAUCACUGCUUAAAGCUGCUGAAGAACUGCUUCAAAGCUCUACCAGAUCAUGGCAAAGUCAUCGUUGUUGAUUUGGUUCUACCCGUAAAACCUGAUACUAGUGCCUUUGUAAAAGGCAUUUUCCAGACUGAUGCUCUCAUGAUGACUCAAAAUCCUGGAGGGAAAGAGCGAUCAGAAUCUGAUGUUCGGGCCUUGGCUAUCAGAGCUGGAUUUAAAGACAUAAAGUUAGAAUGUUGUGUGGGUAGUCUUGGGGUCCUGGAGUUGUACAAAUAGUUAUGUCUGCCCAUUUGGCAGGUUUUUCAUUUGAAGAAAUUUCUUUUGUUUGCUUGUAUUUCUUAAAUAAUCUCUAUUUGGUCUAAUGAGCGUAGUGUUUCUUAGAUUGUGCAAUUGAAAUUAUGUCCAUCAGUGGAGCUUUGGCACAUGAAGUACCAAGGUUCGCAAUUUUCUUGCAAAACAGUAUUGAGUGGUAUGGUCUCUGAUCCUUUUCUCUGAA